CCUGUUGAAGUUUCUUUGGAUCCGCAAGGUGUAACGCAGGUGUAUUCAUUUCGGUUGCAAUUGUAUUGUUUUCGCAGCAAACGAAAAAUCAAACCGGGCACGAGGAUAAGGGAAAACAAACACCCAGUGAAUUGCGCAGACGAUUGUGAUUUAGUGGUUGCGGAACGUGAGCCAGUACAACAAUAAUAUGGAAGCUGGAGAGGAAGAAGAACGUUCGUCAGGGGGCGAAGAAGACGAAGCCGCACAAGGUACUGAGCUGGAACAGCUUCAAUCAGAAGUGACGAAGUUACGUGGGCAGCUGGUUGAGUUGGAACUGGAAAAGGAAGCGUUGAUGAAACAGACACGCAUCAUGGAAGACCGUCAAGUUGCAAACUGGAAAUGGAUUCACGAGGCGACAAAAUUCUCCGGGAUCUCGGUGAAUAAAUGCAGCGACAAAGCGUGUACGUUCCAUUUCCACUCAAUGUAUAAAUCCACAAACUACCAGACAUACGCAAUGACUGUGAAAUUCACCCAGAAAGGUUACGAAGUAGACGAAUGUUUUUUGCCAGAAUCCAUCCAUAUGUCAGAUAUGGAUGAAACCAAACCUCUUGAUCGCCUGGUCUGGGAUAUAUCCAUCUUGGUAGAUAGUUUCGUUAAUCGGCAACAACAGAUCAAGGAGCUCGAGGCUGAAUUCGGAGAUAGCGUUGAUCGGACCAUCACAUUUUCAAAGGAUACGUUAAACGUAUUGGUGCGAGUGAGAGUAUCGGACGAGAACAGCAAAAGCUUCAUUAUUCGCAUUCAACUGAAUUAUCAACCUAAUGAAAUCCUGCCAGAAAAAGUCAUCUUGGAAUUUGAAGAUGGGCAGGCCUAUACGGAAGUGGAUGUCGCUGAUUUUGAAGUGCAUUGUCAUCCUUUUUACCGAUUACCUAUACUCAGCGCUUUCCACGAAGCAUUUUAGAGAAUUAUUUUAAUUAGAAUACAAAUUACGAUUUAUGAA